UAAUGCAGGAAUAUAUGAAGCAACUUCAUUGGAGCACAUUAGAAAAGAUUCUGUCCGAAAUUCAGAUUUAUCCAAUAGAGAGUUUGAUAAUCAAAUCCUGAUGUCACCACUACCUACUUGAAGAGUUAAUUGAUGGAUCCAAAGGAAUUGACUAUCAAACUUGGUCUUGAAUUCAAUAGUUUGGAAGAGGCAUAUCUGUUUUGGACAGAUCAUGGAGGCAUGAAAGGCUUUGGAGUUAGAAAAAAGAAUUCAAGCAAGAGUAAGAAAGAUGGUUCCAUUACUCACUAUAAAUAUGUUUGUUGUAAGGAGGGCGUACGUCAAUAUAAUAAAAGAUUCAAUGAGAAAUAUAAAGUGAUUGAAUUUUUUGAUGAUCAUAAUCACCCACUCCAUCCACCAGAAACUGUGCAUAUGUUAGCUUGUCAACGAAGAAUAACUGAAAAUCAAGCAUAUGAACUUGAAGUGGCAGAAGAUGUAGGGAUUCAACAAAAAACCUCAUUUGAUUUGAUGAGUAAAUAUGUAGGAGGUAGAGAGAAUCUAGGGUAUACCAGACAAGAUGCAAAGAAUUAUUUGAAUUCUAAGAGGCGGCGAGAUAUGGCUUAUGGUGAAGCUGGGUGUUUGCUACAAUAUUUCCAACAACAACUCAUAGAUAAUCCCUCAUUUUUUCAUGCAUACCAAAUUGAUUCAGAAGAGCAAAUAACAAAUAUCUUUUGGGCCGAUGCAAGAAUGUUAUUUGACUAUCAAUGCUUUGGUGAUGAGAUUUCUUUGGAUACCACUUAUUGUACAAAUGGAGAUCAUCGACCCCUUGCAAUUUUCUCGGGCUUUAACCAUUAUAGAGGAGGGGUGAUAUUUGGGGCUGCAUUAUUGUAUGAUGAGACAGUUGAAUCCUUUAAAUGGCUUCUUGAAACAUUUUUGCAGACACAUAGCAAAAAAAGACCACAAACUAUUUUCACUGAUCAAGACCAAGCCAUGUCAAGAGCAUUGCAGGAGGUUAUACUAGAGACAAAGCAUGGUUUGUGCACGUGGCAUAUAAUGAAAAAUGGAAUCAAACAUCUUGGCAAUUUAAUGAAAGAUGGAUCAAAUUUCUUAUCUGAUUUAAAGAAGUGUAUGUAUGAUAAUGAGGAAGAAACUAAUUUUGAAGCCUCAUGGAGAACCUUAUUAUUGAAAUACAAUGUAGAAGAAAACACGUGGUUGAACUCCACCUACCAAAUCAAAGAGAAAUGGGCAGCAUGUUAUAUGAAGUAUGCUUUUACACUUGGUAUGCGUAGUACACAACUAAGUGAAAGCAUUAAUUCAUAUAUAAAGAGUUGCAUAAGGCCUAAUUUGAACAUCAACCAAUUCUUCAAGCAAUUUGAAAGGAUUGUCAAAGAAAAACGGUAUGGUGAGUUACCAGGCCUUACUAUAACCAACCUCACAGAUCCCACUCCAUCUUUUACACCGAUGUAUCGUACUCUCUCGACCAGGUCAUCCAAAGAAAAUACUGUGAAAUCUUUCCGAAGUGAGAGAAGGAGGGAAGGCACGCUACAACUAACAUAA